GUGAAAUACUGUAGAGUCGUUGCUUCUCCCACCACUCAGCCUCAGCUCUCCCUGCUGCUGUCAGUGAUUUGCUUCACACCUCUCCUGCAUUAGAAGUGUUUUCCAAUAACUCUGUACGCGCACCGUCACUGGAUUAUUUUUGGAUACCUUUGGUCUACUUUUACGCAUGGCACCAUCGGUGGCAUUCCAGGAGUGACAGCUGGACGCAUAAGGAGCGCUGAUCGUACACUGAAACAGUCAACUUGGAGACUCUUCAUCCACUAAUUUAAGCUGUCUGCAGGCUUCGCCAUGUUUUCCAAAGCCACUGCCAACUUCAUCCAUCAGAUUGACCCCGAAGGAAGCCUCAUCCACGUGUCUCGAGUGAAUGACUCACACAAGCUGACUCCAAUGGCACUCGUCGUCAAGCGCAACCGCAUCUGGUUCUGGCAGACACCGAAGUACCAACCGACAGACUUCACCCUCAGCGACUUGUUGCAGGGUGACGAGGUGCUCAUACCUGGAGUGACUGAGAAAGAUUUCCUGAGCUAUGACGGGAGUUUUGGAGAUGCACUGUCUACGGAGCUGGACACUGAAGCUGGCCCUCUCCAUGUCAAGUUGAAGGGGCAGGGCAUUUCCAAGCUCCAGUCGUCUUUUGGCAAACUGAAGAAAGAAGAACUGGAUGUGAAGAAGCUGCUACAUGACUCUGACAACAGGUUAGUGAACAUGGACCACGUGCUGGUGCAGCAGCUACAGAAGCGUGCUGAUGUUUUGGCAGUGGUGAAGGAAAGGAUCCUCACCACCAAGUCCUGCUCCGUCACCCAGACCAAAAAGGAACAGUGCAUGCUUCAGGGGGUGCUCGGGCUGGUGGGGCUGCUGGGGAAAUCUGUUAAGGUGUGUGUGAAGGACAGCAACAACAUUGAGCUGGACUCUGAUGUUUCCUUGGAGAUCCCCUCUGGUACAGUUAUUGCAUACAGCAUCCUGGAACUGGAGAUUAAGAAAAAUGGAGAGUACGAUAUAUGCCUACAACCUGGCACAAUCGGAGGCUUUGAAGCAGACACGCCCUUCUUGUGUGAGGACUCCUUGCACGUGGUGGACGGCGAACGCAAUGGACACAAGGCUCCGAUGAAAGCACCUCCGAUCAAUCUUCAAAAUGGAUCACAGGAAAUGGACCUUCUUCCUCUGGCAGAGCUCCCGCAGUCAACUCGACGCGCCUUCAUCGAGAAGCUCCGAAAGACUCUGAGGGACAGAGCUGAUCUGUCGUAUCUGCAGGGUGUGCUGGAAGAGCUGUGCAGCAGAGAAACGCUCGAUGUGGACAAGGAAGAGGGACUCCCGGAGAGUCCGAGAGCAUCAGUGUCGGCCCUCCUGGAACAACCUGGGUCAGACAGUGACACUGAAAACGGCCAGUGUGGCAACUCUGCUCCCCUAAAAGCAGCUUGCCUGUUGGUCAGCGCCAUGGAAGAGCUGCCGGAUGAAACUCUGAGACUUCUGAGUGAAAGCCAUCCUGAUUUCCUGGAGGCCUUCGACACACUGUUGUGCAGGUUGAAGGGGAACAGCGAGCCAGUCUCCGUCCAGUCUCUUCCCGUCCCGCUGCAGGACAACCAGGCCUUCCAACUGGCGAAGCAGCUGCUCAGCUCCACCAGUGUGACGCUGAAGAAGGACACCGACCGGCUGUGGAUGGAGACAGACAGUGAAGCAGGAGUCCUCCCGUUGGUCCUCAGGCUCAGCAUACAUGGAUUGUCCUUACUGUGCAAGGGGCUGUAACGCUGUCUGCAUGUACACUUCCAUUUCCUUUUUUAUGGAAUGUAUUCUCACUAUUUCUUUCUUUAUUGUUAAAGCUCAUUGAGUAUAAGCUGACUAUCGUUUGUUGCAGACCAUCUUUAUAUUAUACAUCUCUAUAUUACUGUUCAGUAUUUGUUACAGUAGAGAGUAGUGUUAUAUUAUUUUUCCUACAUAUAUUUUUCUUAUUUAAACCAAACACUCAAUAUUUUUGUAUAAAAAAAAUUAUAUAUUUGAUGAUGGUCCAUUGUUUUGUUAACUCGCUCUGUUCUUGUCAUUUGCAAGCACUUAUUCCACCACCUUACAUGAACCUAUCAAUCAAAUUGUUACUACAUGGUGGAAAUGUGCUUAUUCCCGUUUAUUGAUUUUUUUUUAGCUCAAAAAUAAUAACUAGUCUCAUUUAUCAGUGAGUACCAUCUGUGAAAACAUUCUGCUGAAGCUACAGCUAAAAGCAAUUUUGAUUUCUUAUGCUCAAAAGAUGUUUACAUGUUAUUGAAUUCAAGUUUUACAGAUAGCAAAGAAAUGUAAAAUCAAAUGCAUGUUAAAUGUGCAUGGAACCAACCACCUUUAUUCAUUUUUACUUGUUGAAAACUAUGUUAGAUGCCUAUUCUUGCCAGAAUUUAUUUACAAUGGCCCUGUGUUUUAAUGCUGCUCCACCUCCUAAUCAAAAGAAAGAUAUAUAUUUAACAUUCCCUGUGAUUCUACCUUUGAAUAAAAAAAAGCUGCCUUAGGUUAAAAAGCACUAUGGACCUUUGAUAUGUAGAUUAUGUAUGUUUGUAUGAGCUAUAUGGAUUUAUGAAGUUGCCUUUGCCAUGGCUUUAAUGCCACUUUUUAAUUUAUUUUGGUUGAAAAAGACACUUUACUUUAUCCAUUUUGAAAAAAAUCUAUGCAUGUAGUUUACUGUCAUUCCUUUUUUCAAAGCUUUUUAUCUUACAGCAAACACAAAGAAGGCUUUUUAUAUUAUAUCAACAGCGUCCCCUAAAGAUGAAGAAACGUGAUGCAAAAGCUGUAUUCAUCUUUCUUGAAGAUAUUUUACUGUGUUGAAAAACUAUAAACAAUAAACUUGUAUUUUUUAUUGAAA